AUGCUGAGGUUCUUACGCGGAGGUUUUACUUACGGUCAUAGUGAGGCUUGGAGAACUGACUGUCAGAACUUUCCGGUGAGACAAGACGCUGUCGUAGUUGCGCAGAGAGGUCAUGCUGAAUUAGCUCCCGUGAAGUUUUGCGCCAAAAACGGUCUCGCGCUCAGUGCGGCAAUGGAAGAGCUGCAAUCCAACAUUUGUUAUGUUCCGACUCGUGAUAGUAAAUCGGAUCAUAUGCGUUCCAAUUCAGAGAAUGCAGGGUCAACUCACAUCGGUCUCUUAGUUCCUACUCCUACUCAUCAAUCGACAUUGUCUUCCCAGCUCGGCCAUGUGUUGUCUCGAGAGUCCAGUGAUCCGGCUAUCUCAACUUCCAGUGAUCGGGUAGGCUCAAAAACCUCAGCUAAUGCCAGCGUUUCUGAUUCACCUUCAGCAAUGGCUAUGGCGGCAGCUGCGGCUGCGGCUGCAGCAGCGGCUGCUGCUGAGGCCAGUGAUCACCGGCAGCACGCCAAUGUACACACGCACUCACAUAACCAGCACCAAGAGGAGGCUUUGGCUGCUUAUGCCGCGGCUGCCUCGAUGAUGACUGCAGCACAACAGGCACACCAGGUCCGUGCUUACUAUGAUCAGUGGGCCUCAUCAAUAUUUGGAUCGUUGGCAGCAGGUCAAGCGCCUGAUGCUGCGGCUGCUGCCGCCGCUGCUGCUGCAGCGGCGGCUGCCCACUAUCAACAUCAACAUCAACAACCUGCCCAUGAUCAAGCAAGUGUUGACUGUAUCCAAACUCCUUACUCGGCACAAGGUAACUACUAUUGGCCUCAUGGAGGAGUCGAAUACUCCAGUGCAUAUUCAGGUUCAAAUCAAGAUCCAUUACAUCGCCAAAAGCAGCAACUUGAGAUGCGGGCAGAGUUAUCACAUGAUAUUUCCAGAUCCCCUCGCAAGACGCCAACCUCUGCUGCCUUAAGUCGCUCUGGGACAGGCCUAGCUGUAAGCGAGCCGCGGUCCACAGAGGCUGCCGCGGCUGCGGCCGCAGCAGCAGCUGCGGCUUCUCAUUGGCAUCGGUUUUAUUCAGAACACCAGCAGCUAAAUCAUCAACAGCACCAGCAGCUCAAUCUUGCUGCUCCACAAGUUGACCUUUCUGAAAAGCGCACACAUGUCCAACAUAUUUCACAGCACUCUACCCAACUGCAGCCGCAUCAUCACUCUCAACAGUCGGCCAAUUCCCUUGAUCAGGCUUCAAUAGAGGCCCAGUCUCAACAUCAACAUCAUAUUUCCCGGCACCUUCAGCAGCACUCUUACCUUCCUACUUUACCUCAAGGUCAUCUCAGCUAUCCAUUAGAGAUCGAGCCGAAUGACUGGCCUUCUGGCCCGGAGGCCCCAGCCGCUAUCGCAGCUGCUGCUUACUACGCCCAACAGCACAAUCACGAGCAGCAUCGUGACCACCAACAGCAGCAGCAGCAACAACAACAACAAUUCAGUCAGCAAUCCCCAUACCCUCACACUCAAACACAACAUCAACUACCACAAGGGAACUCUCAAGGAAAUAAUCAACUUCAACUCCAUCAAAGGCAAUCUCAACCUCAAGCACACAUAACAUCGACUGGUAGCCAGCGCUGUCAGACCUCUGUUUAUCUGGAUCGGACAGAUCUCACAUCUAACCCCAGUCGAGAUUCAAUCUCUUCUUCGUCUUCAUCUUCAUCUUCCUCUUCAUCCACAGCUGCAUCUAUGCUAGAAUAUUCUGCCUCUCAAACUGCAAAUACAACACCAAGAUACCAUCACAAUCAUCCUCAACUAGAUCAACCACGGCAGCAACCGCACACUGCCCAUUAUGUACAACACUCCAGUCCAACAUCACCAGCAGAGCAACAGCAGAGUCAUUUUCAACUUUAUUCUUCCAGAACACAUAUGCAGCAACAUCCGAAAGAGCAUACAAACUAUUCUCAGGAGCAACUCCGUGUUGCAUCUGGUUAUGAAGCUGCUGCUGCUAUGGCAGCUGCUGCGGCCUUUAACAAUGAAGUCUACUCACGGCGCUUCUACUCCGACGUCACGCCACCACUUGUUUCCAGUCAGGGCUCUUCUGGAAUUACACAUCCAAUAUCGAUUCGAAAGUUCUCCACUUUUUAUUCUUGGUUCAUCAACCGCAACCAUGGACAGUCGGCCACGAUCGCGCAAUCACCGCUGCAAUUGCUUUUGCAUACUCUUUUCCUUGCGCACCUUUCAUUAGCCGGUCACUUGGAGUAA